GGAUCCAUGACUGGGACUGCUGUUUCCGCAGUUUAGAGUAACAUGUCGCUUCGCUUGUUAUUCUCUUGAAUCGAGGAAAGCCCAUCUUCUGUCGCUUCUUCCACCAUUCAUCCAUGGCGAUGAUCGAUCGUGAAAUUUCACAGAUGGUGUCACCAUUCUUGCGCUAGCCCACUUAAACAGAUUCCUUAAGCUGGCUUGUUAUUUUCAGAUCAAAACCCAGUUUUUCUCCCCACAUUUUCUCUCUUCACCGCUCCAAAGAAAAUUAAAGAAAGAUAGGAAGAAGAUUCUGCUGAACUGACAUAUCCAUCUUCUUGUUUCUUGAUUUCUGUGGAGAGAAGCGUGUGGGUCUGCAUCUCAAGUGGGGUUUUCCCUCAGUAAUCAGUUAGGAGUGAUUUUGACCGAAUUCUCAUCAUAAGGUCUUGCUUCUGUUAGGAUUGUGGUUCUAUCACCAUGAUAAAGCAGAUUCUUAGCAAAUUGCCUAAGAAGGUGCCAAAAUCUGAUUCAUCUGAUUCUGGCCGGGGUGAUUCUGGGAAUUCUACAAGUUUUGGGAAUGUCUUUCAGUGUACAAAUGUAGGGAGCACCAUUUCAAGCAAAUUGAAUGUUGUGAAGCGGGUAUCUUCAGUGGUUUUCCCAGCAAGCAUGAAUGCUGGAGUAGAAGCAGUUGACCCCAAUUUAUCCUUCAAAGAUGUUUCAAAUACACAGAAGCAAAACCUGUUCGUUAGUAAGUUAAAUCUUUGCUGCAAAGUUUAUGAUAUGAGUGAUCCAGAUAAGAAUUGUGCAGAGCAAGAUCAUAAACGCCAAACAUUGGUUGAUCUUGUUGACUUUGUUUCUUCUGGGUCUGCAAAGUUUACAGAACCAGCAAUCGCUGCUGUGUGUAAAAUGUGUGCAAGUAACUUGUUCAGGGUUUUCCCUCCCAAAAUUCGAACCAGUUUGACUGGUGGUGAAACAGAAGAUGAAGAACCAAUGUUUGAUCCAGCCUGGUCUCACCUGCAAAUUGUUUAUGAUCUACUCCUCCAGUUCGUUAACUACAACUCUCUUGAUGUGAAGUUGGCAAAACUGUACAUUGACCAUGCUUUUAUCUUAAGAUUACUUGACCUCUUUGAUUCUGAAGACCCUAGAGAAAGAGAUUGUCUGAAGACAAUCCUGCACAGGAUCUAUGGCAAAUUCAUGGUACACAGGCCUUUUAUAAGGAAAUCUGUUAGCAAUAUCAUUUAUCGUUUUGUUUACGAGACAGAACGCCAUAAUGGCAUUGCUGAGCUGUUGGAGAUUUUUGGGAGCGUAAUUAGUGGGUUUGCCUUGCCAUUGAAAGAGGAGCACAAGACAUUUUUGUUUAGCGCUUUGAUUCCUCUCCAUAAACCAAGAUCGUUGGGUAUCUAUCACCAGCAGCUAACAUAUUGUGUUGUACAGUUCAUAGAGAAGGAUCAAAAACUGGCUAGCACUGUGAUAAAGGGACUGUUGAAGUACUGGCCAAUAACAAAUAGCCAAAAGGAGCUUAUGUUCUUGAGCGAGUUGGAAGAGGUUUUGGAAAUGACUAGCAUGCUGGAAUUUCAGAAGAUCAUGGUCCCACUAUUUCGCCGUAUAUGUUAUUGCCUAAAUAGCUUUCAUUACCAGGUAGCGGAGCGAGCCCUUCUGCUAUGGAACAACGAGCACAUCCUUAACUUCGUCACGCAAAACCGGCAGGUGUUGCUGCCUAUGGUGUUGUCAGCUCUUGUACAUAAUGCCCAAAACCACUGGAACCAAGCAGUGCUGAACCUGACUCAGAAUGUGAGGAAGACUCUGUCGCAAAUGGACGAGGAUCUGGUUGCCGCCUGCCAACGCAAGUUGGAGGAGGAAGAGCCUACAUCGAGUGCCACAGCCGAGAGGCGGCGGACAACAUGGGAGCGUGUUGAAGCUGCAGCAGCUGCUAAUGUGCAAUGUGUGAGUAGCGAUAACAAUGGUGAUGGUGGCGGCGGCGGUAAUAUAAUGGUUGCAGUAAAACCUGCUGCUACAUGCUCAGUGGCCUGCUGUUAAUUGCUUCACAAGGAAACCAAGCUAAAGUGGUAGACCAAGCAGAGCAUCUAUAUAGAUUGUGAAGGGUGUUUCUAGUUUACAGACUGAUGAGUUAGUUUUUAUUAUUAUUAUUAUUAUUAUUGUUAAGAUUACUGUUUUGUUUUGUUAGCAUGAUGCCUAUAGGUUUCUUCUAUUUUUGGUCCUUUUUUUUUUUUUUGUAUAUUCUCUAAGUAUGCAAUAUGCAUGUUGCCAAAUUGUGGUGAGGAGUUUGACAAGACUAUGGUUAGUUAAGGUUCUUCCUUUUUUUU